AUGGCGACUCACACGGUGGCAAGCAAUGCUUCAAUGUUUUUCGCGAUGACUCUUACAAGCGACCAGACUCUUUUUCUGCUUUAUCACAAAGACAGCUACGCUGAUAAUUCUGUAAUGCUGCGCAGCUCAAAGCCUAUGGUGAUGAGAGAUGUGUUUCUAACCAAAUGUACUUCCUUUUUUCCGAAUCCACUUUCGUGUGUGUACGUUCAUAAGACUUCUGAUGCGAUCUUGAAUUCAUUUGCAUCAUUUCUUCUGGUCAAACCCAUUGUAGAUGUUAUUGGGUGGAAAAACGGUUUGAUUCUCUACGCGGGAGCGGGAUUUUUUAGUAGUUUUGCCUACUUAUUCAGUAGUCAACUAAGCAGCACCAAGACAAAUACACGUUUUGACUGUUGUGCCACAUCAAAUGGAGCAUUCGCUGGAUUUGCGGCGCUUAGCCUUGCCUUGCCAAAGUGCUAUAUCCCUGCUUCUAAGCGUGUACCUGUGAGUUAUCUUGGUAUUCCUUAUCUAAUUAAAUGCACUUACGAUGAAUACAUUGGUCCUAAGUUUCUGGAAAAGAGGGAAUCUAACGCAAUAGAGUUGCGAAAUUGGGGUUUUGUUGGGGGAGUCUUUUUUUCUAUGAUAUUUUCUUCUUUGGUUUUAAGGACAAGAACAGACUUUGGUAGGAUGAAUGUAUUUUGGAGCAAUAUAAAAAGGUCUUCUUCGUAA